CUCUUUCCAUUUCUCUCCUAGUGGUACUUAUUAUUGGACCACCAGGACUCAAUAAAUUUUCUUCGCUGCUCACGCACUGGAUCGUGGCCCGGUGCUUCGAUCAUUCGUGAGCUCUUUUAUUCGCAAAGCACAUCCACCGUUCAAUAGAGAUUUUACCCUUACCGCAUUUACGACCCGCCAUGUACACUUUCCUUCCGCUCAUUGCUCUCGUACUCGUCCCCACACCCCUAGUCCAAGGGAAACCAUUCCUCCUCAACCACGCGCACAAGGUCGCCGUCAAGCACAGCGCUGGCCUCGCACGAGACCUCCGCGUGGCGUUCAGUAGUAUCCUCACCACACAACCUAGCACCCCAUCAGAUCAGAAUUACUACUGCGUUGGCUCAGAUGGCGAGGGCGUCACCAUGCCUUCAUCAGGCAACUCUUCAUCUCCAACCACGAAGGCAAACACGACUUCAACUGGAACGGCUGCGCCGUCAAGCACGAGUGUUGCAUCAUCGCCUUGGAAGGUGACAGAGAGUUACAGCGGGCAGACGUUUUUCAAUGGCUGGAGCUUUUUCACUGGAUCCGACCCGACAAAUGGGAAUGUUCAGUAUGUAGAUCAAGGCACGGCGCAGAGCGCAGGUCUUAUCCAGAUAAACUCGAAGGGGAACGCCGUGAUGAGCGUUGAAACUACGCCACAAGUGCAGACCAAUCGCCAGAGUGUGCGGAUCACCACGCAAGCCACGUUUGAUGGUGGCUUGGUUGUAAUGGAUGCCGUGCACAUGCCCACUGGUUGUGGAACAUGGCCUGCCUUUUGGACAAAUGGCCCUAAUUGGCCAGCGGGAGGCGAGAUCGACAUAAUAGAGGGCGUGAACAACUACACGAACAAUCAGGCGACGAUUCACACUAACCCAGGAUGUAUAUUACCCUCCACCAGCAGCACCCAGCUUAACAUGUCUGGAACAUUGGUUGCAUCCACUGAUUGCUCAGUAGCUUCCACUGCCAACCAGGGGUGUGGAAUUCGUUCUAACCUGAGCAACUCGUUUGGGUCAGGUUUCAAUGGAAUUAGUGGUGGUGUUUAUGCUAUGCUCUGGGACAGCUCCGGCAUCAAAGUGUACUUCUUCCCUCGUGGAUCGAUUCCAUCCGAUAUAUCUGCAGGAGCACCGCAGCCUCAGAAUUGGCCGCUUCCUAUGGCUAGCUGGCCCUCAACAGAUUGCAAUCCAUACCAGUACUUCAAUACCCAUUCCGCCAUCUUCGAUACCACGCUUUGCGGUGAUUGGGCAAGCGCCGUCUGGAGCGGCACAGGCGUACCUGGGCAAGACGUAAGCUGCGCACAACAGACCGGCUUCUCGACGUGCUCGGCAUUCGUCCAGGCUAGUGGUGGUUCUUUCAGCGAAGCUUAUUGGGAGGUAUCUAGUGUUAAGAUCUACAACAACACGUCAUCAUGAAAUAUUCACUCCUGUGGAGGAAACACACGCUUAUUUAGAUCUAUCGAUGUAUUUGUUAGGGUAUAUAUUGUAGCUCUACAUAUCAUGAAAUACACACGGCCACACACACGCCAGCUGGUGUUUUAUGUUACGAGUGUAAUCCCAAAGCCGUUUAUAUCAAGGUGAUUUCACAGAUUAUCAUCGGGAGAUGCUCAUCUAUAUUCCAUG